AUGGUGAAGAUAACACGUAAAAGAGAUUUACAUCCUGGUGCAAGUGAGCCAAGGAGUGACAAUGGAAGAAGAUUGGGUGCGUCCGGAGAAUCAUCAUGCGACCGCGUAAACACGGGAGACUCAACUACUGCUUCUCCACCAACAGCAUCUGAUUCAACCAACGCUCAUCCCCCCGACACUCCUUACGCAGUAUCAUCUCGGAUCGCCAGACAGCUUCGGCUAUCAAUACGUAGACAGACUAAAACAGCUAGGUUGACUGCGCCUGCGUCCACAUCUGGUACAAAAAUCCGCAAGCCAUGUGACAAAUGGGAUAUAGUCUCAUGUCCAUCGUGUAAAGCAUUACUAUGGAAUGCAGAAGCAACUGGUGUCCAGCCGAACAGAGAUGCCAAACAGUUUAGUCUAUGUUGCCAGAGAGGUAGAGUGAGGCUUCCACCUGUCCGAGAACCACCCUCUCCAUUGCUAGAGAUCCUAGAGACGCCUAAAUUCAGAUCUCACAUCAGAGUUGCAAACAGUUUGCUCGCUUUCACAUCCAUGGGUGCACAGAUUGAUCAUAGCGUUACUGGGACCCCUGGACCUUUUACAUUUCGGGUUCAUGGCCAAAUCAUUCAUAGAAUUGGUUCUAUGCUACCUGACGAUGGUAACGAUCCAGAGUAUUUGCAGCUUUAUAUUUUCGACACUGAUAAUGAGCUGGAAAACCGAAAGAGGUCUUUUACAAAAGGCUCAUCUCAGCUGGCCGUGGAUGAUACUGUUAUCCUCCAGUUGAUUGAGAUGCUAGAUAUUAAUAAUCACCUAGCCAAAACCUUCAGGCAUGCGCGCGACCGUUUUCGAACAACCGGGAAAAUUGAAUUCAGCAUCACAUUGGUCAGCCAACCAAGCAGAGGUCGUCAAUAUGAUCUUCCUACGGCGAGUGAGAUCGGUGGACUAAUAAUUGGUGAUUUGUCUGCAACCUCAGUAGGAAGAGAUAUUGUGGUUGAGCUCAAAUCAUCUGCACUGCAAAGAAUAGGUGAUCUACACCCAUUACUGAUGAGCCUUCAGUAUCCAUUAUUGUUUCCUUACGGAGAAACAGGUUACCAUGAGCGAUUGCCAUAUGAGGGGCCUGAAGCAUCCACUGUGAGAAGAACAUACAUGACGAUGCGAGAGUUCUAUGCUUACCAGCUACAAACUAGGCCAUCGGAAGGAAUGACAAUCAUUAAAGGUAGAAGAUUGCUGCACCAGUACAUUGUUGACGCCUAUGUAGCUGUAGAGACGGAGCGACUGCGAUUUUUGAGUCUAAAUCAGAAAAAACUCCGAGCAGACCUGUAUAACAACGUAUGUGACGCCGUUGAAACUGGCGAUGCGGAUGCUACUCAAGUUGGUAAGAAGAUCAUCCUCCCUUCGUCCUUCACUGCUGGACCCCGGUACAUGUCUGAAAAGUACCAGGACGCAAUGGCUAUAUGCCGUUGGUAUGGGAAUCCUCAUCUCUUUAUCACUGUCACUGCUAAUCCUAAUUGGGUGGAACUCAGUAACCAUCUGGAUGCAUAUGGAGGUGAUUCUGCUAAUAGCCGACCUGACCUAGAAUGUCGGAUCUUCAAAAUCAAGCUUGAUGAGAUGAUGGCAGAUUUCAAAAAGGGAGAGUUCUUCCCUACGCUGGACGCAGCUGUCUACACCAUUGAGUUUCAGAAACGAGGUCUGCCCCAUGCCCAUAUUUUACUAUGGUUGAAAGGUAUAAAGAAGGAAGUAACAGCUUCGGUUAUUGAUGAAUACAUCUCAGCUGAGUUUCCCGAUAAAGAAGUUGAUAGAGAGGGGUUUGAGCUGGUUGAGCGGCAUAUGAUGCAUGGUCCGUGUGGUAAAAUGCGCCCCAACUCACCAUGUAUGGAGAAAGGAGAGUGUACUAAGAAUUUUCCUAAACCUUCUUCAGAUCAGACAAGAAUAGACAAAUCUGGAUUUGUUGUUUAUAGAAAGAGAGCUGGUACUGGAGAUUUUGUAGUCAAGGGAGAGAUCGAGCUGGAUAAUCGUUUUGUUGUGCCUCAUAAUCUUGGUCUUUUGAAAAAAUAUCAAGCCCACAUCAACGUUGAAUGGUGUUGCAGAACCAGCGCAAUCAAAUAUCUUUUCAAAUACAUAACGAAAGGCGUUGAUAGAGCAACUGUCCUUAUACAUAGGAAUGAGCCAGACACGAGUAAUGAGAUCAACAAUUUCCUGGAGUGCCGGUAUAUAUCAGCUUGCGAAGGUUCAUGGAGAUUGUUUGCUUUUCCUAUACACUAUAACCAGCCCAAUGUUGUGAAGCUCCCCGUACAUCUACCAGGUGACCAUGUGAUGGUAUUUGACGAAUCUGCUGACUUAUCAAAGGUGGUAUACCGAGAAAAUAUUGAUAGGUCAAUGUUAACAGCGUUCUUUGAGGCAUGCGACACGUAUGAGGAAGCUAUGGAGCUGACCUACGUUGAAUUCCCUUCGAGGUUUGUCUACCAUUCAAACGAUAGGAUAUGGACGCCAAGACUGCAAGGGGAAGCUAUAGGGAGGGUCGUGUAUGUCAGCCCAGCGUCUGGUGAUAGAUACUUCUUAAGGAUGUUGCUGAAUGUUGUUAGAGGUCCUAGAGGCUAUGACGUGUUAUACACGGUAGGGGAUGUGGUAUAUAAGAAAUUCAAAGAAGCGUGUUAUGCACGAGGACUACUUGAUGAUGAUAAAGAGUGGCAUGAGGCAAUAGAGGAGCCAUCUUCAUGGGCAACCGGACGGCAGCUGAGAAGACUGUUUGUGCUUAUCUUGGUUUAUUGUCAAGUCGUAGACCCACUCAAGCUUUGGGAGCAUACUUGGAUGUUUUUGGCAGAGGACAUACUGUACAUGAAACAAAAGGAGUUUCGAUUUCCAGGUCUCGACUUACAAGAUGAGCAGUUAAAGCAGUAUACACUGCUCGAGGUUGACAAACACUUAAAAGAGCAUAACCAGUCACUAGCAGACUAUGAUGAGUUGCCUCAGCCAGAUACUUCAAUACUAUCAGAGAUAAACAGCCAAGUUUUGCGGCAGGAACUGAUGUAUAAAUUCGAAAAGGAGAAGGAGACGCAUAGAGUAUUGUUCUCGGCGAUGAAUACGGAUCAGGAGAAAGUAUAUGCUGCUGUUCUGAAGUCAGUUGACGAGCAGUCGGGCCAGUUAAUUUUUGUCUCAGGUGCAGGAGGCACAGGAAAGACAUACCUAUACAGAACUAUUAUAGCGAGGCUUAGGUCAGUUGGCAAAGUAGUUAUACCGGGGUCAAGUUUAGCUGCAUUGAUAUCUAAGGCAGACCUGAUAAUAUGGGAUGAAGCUCCGAUGGCACACCGACACGCUUUUGAAACCUUAGAUCGUUCCUUCAGAGAUUUGUUAUCGCAUGAGUCUCCAGAAGCUAGCACACAGCCCUUUGGUGGCAAGACGGUGCUUCUCGGCGGGGAUUUCCGGCAGAUUUUGCCAGUUAUUCCACACGGAAAAAGGCCAGACACCGUUCUCGCAUCCAUCAGCAAAUCAUAUCUAUGGAAAAUGGCCCGAGUAUUCACCUUAUCCAUCAACAUGCGGCUGCGGCAAGAAGACAAGGACUUCGCAAAAUGGAUUCUACAAGUCGGUGAUGGGGAAGCUGACGCCUUGGCGUCCAAUAAACCAAAACAUGAGGAAGGGAAUCAGAUUACUGUGGAUAAAAGGUUCUUGAUCUCUCGCUCAGAUACACCACACGAAGCUCUGGCGCAUGCUGCAUAUCCUAACUUCCUCCAAAACUACUGGGAUAAGGACUACCUAAAAGAGAGAGCCGUGCUGACACCUACCAAUAAUACCGUACAUUAUGUGAACGCUUAUCUCCUCUCCAAGAUCCCAUCACAGGCUAGAGAGUAUUUGAGUUCUGAAUCAGUGGAGUUCGAAGCUACGCCAGACGAUGAUUGGACCACCCACUACCCGCCAGAGUACCUCAAUUCACUAGAGUUUUCGGGCCUCCCAAACCACAGAUUGUGCCUCAAAAUUGGAACUCCAGUGAUGAUGAUGCACAAUCUUAACCAGGAUCAAGGUUUGUGUAAUGGUACAAGAAUGGUGGUUACUCGCCUAGGUAACAGGGUUGUUAAGGCUAGAAUCAUGACUGGGACAGAUUUGGAGAAGAAGUUUUGA